CACACGUUUUCCCAUACAUGUUGCAGUUCUGUGUGCACUGUAGCUCGUAACAGCGGCGGCGUACAGGGUAUGAAUGCCAAUCCGCUUCUGGCGCGACAAACUUUCCCCGUGCGGCCGCAUCAACAGUGUACGCACGUUCGUCACUACAGGAACUAGCAGACGACAUCGCUACGCAAGGCGGGAAAAUUUUCAGAGGAACAAAACCAUUUUGUAAGCAGCGGUGUAUGAGGAGAAAACAUAAUUAUUUCAUGUAUCGCUUGCACUUGAAUCAACGUAUUUGAUGAAGGAAGAAUUUUCAGUUUUUCUGUCGGCUUGUGAUUACCCUUUUUUGGAGGCAGACCUUUUUUUUGGAGGCGAAACAAAUUUGGAGGAUUUCACAAAACAAUAGUCCUAUCGUUACUUUCAAGUCUUCAUCAGAAAUUUAAGGAUUUCUUUCUCUCUCUCAUCCUACCCGGGAACGAUCAAAAUGAAUGUUUGGGUCUUUGACUGGGUAUAUCUGUGCCUGUGUCUCAUCAUAUAUGAGACGGUGGGAGUUCCCUAUCGACCUUCCCUACGUUUCCCCCGCCAAAUAAAUGCACCAAAUCCAGAGCUGUUCCAAGGGAGGAUUAUCAUCGGAUCCACGGCUUUUACAGAGCCAAUUAGCAACAGCAAAUGUGCCCAAGAGGUGGCCUCUUCGGACACCCAGUUCCCGGGGUCAAUGUACAGAAAUUGUACAAUGGCCCCGAAAACUACACCACCGGCUCCCGGAAUGCCGUACUUCAUCACUCACAACGUGCAGGUCUUGAUUCGGGUCAAUGAAGGGGGCCACGCCCAUUUUAAAUGUCGUGUUUCCGACCUGGGGGAUAAUCACGUCAUCUGGUAUAAAACUAAUAAAGGAAGAAGAUCACUUAUCUCCGUGGGCCAAGAGAUCAUGGACCAGUCACGACAGUACAUCAAAGAUGGCGACUUUGUGAAUUCGACCUUUGACCUUCGACUGCCAAACGUUCAAAGGUCAGACGAGGACAUCUAUACGUGUACCAUUCAAUCGCACCCACCUACGGAGUUGAACUUUACACUGCUGGUGUCAUACCAGGCUUCGGUGAGGAGAGUCCUCCCGGACGACGAGCCGAACUGGAGUGCCGCCGAACCCAACCGCGUCUACUUCAACGAGACAUCGAACGCCACACUGACCUGCCUCGUAGAUGGUUCCCCUUCUCCGAUUGUGACGUGGUGGAAGAAAGAUAGACCCACCCGACCAUCCAGAGCCCAGCACCUGAUUAUAGCAGUCAGUGACAACAUAACUCUAGUGAAUAUCUCCCGCGAGCAGAGUGGUCAGUAUGUAUGUGACGCAGAGAAUGGGGUCUCAGGUCGUGACCCACCAGACAGCAGGGUCAUAGAUGUCGUCGUUCAGUAUGCUCCAGAAGUGAGGACGCUUUCACCAGACAUACGCGUGGGUGAAGGGAAGUAUCUUCUGCUCCAGUGCAACGUUAAUGCCGUACCUAAAGCCAGGUUUUACUGGAUGAAAGACAACCGAAACCUGACCCUCACGUCACAGAGUUCAGAUAACAGACUCGUCAUUAUAUCCCUGGAUCCGCGGCGUGACUACGGUAACUACACGUGCGUGGCAUACAACCGGCUCGGUUCAUCCAACACAACUAUUCAAGUCAGUGGACGCCCUCUGGCCCCACAAGUCACUAGCAGUUUAUAUGGCACUCGGCGUCACAUCUAUACAUUACGAUGGACCCCUGGAGCUAAUCUUCAAGAGGCACUUCAGGACACCAUUGAGAUUGAGGCUUACGAUAUCUACUACAGGAAGACAUGGAUAGAGGAUGUCGAAGGCAAAAGCCGAGUUAGAUUCUAUCCCGAGCAACCUUUAGCCGACACUAUCUACCCUCGCCCUGAUGCCUGGUCGGCCCAACAAACUUUCGUCCUCCGUGACCUCUCAGACGACAGCACAUAUGAAGGUCAAAUCUGUCCCAGGAACAUGUACGGCACAGGGGACUGCGCGGACUUCCAGUUCAAAACUAGACUUGAGGAUAUUGUUACCACCAUUCCACCAGAAGCAAGACAAACGAUACCCGACGCAGAUAAAUCCGGGUUAUGGACGGCCAAAGCUGACCAAUGGCGAUCAAGAGCAAAUGUAAUGGCGCCCUCAUUUGUCCUAGCUCUAAGCGCUUCCUUCGUCUCGUUGCGUCUGUGCUACCAUUAGGAAAGUGUGACUUUUCCCAACUGUAAUAAAGAGAAGGUUGAGUUCCGGUAAAGAGUGAAAAAUAUUGAUAUUCUUUUUAUAUCAGUCUGGAAGAAUUUCAAAGAAAAUGUCCCACAGAAAGGAUUGCUCUUCAAUUGCCCUCAUAAUCAAAAGAUGACUA